UUCUGCCAGACUGGAGGAGACUUUUGAUGGGCUGCUGUGGGAACUGAGCUGCGCAAGCAUUCAGAGCAGAGUCGGUGAAUCUGCUCAGGACGCAGACCGGCCGGAGCGACAGUCAUCCCACAAAGACGACAGAGCGCGUCUUCAGACGCUCUGGGAAUGAACACACCCUCAGGAUAAAGCACCUUGAAGAGAAGGCUCCAGCUAAAAUUCCUCUCGGACUUUAGUUUUUUUAUUCUAAGAAAAUCUCAGUGAGAAGGACAGGAGCAUCUGUUCAGAAUGACGGGAUUUAUACAUUUCUUCUUUAACAACAUUCUGCUUACGCUGCUCAUCACCAGCAUCUGUGCCACCAGAAUAAACGUGCCGCGGCUGAGACUCUCCUACAAAGACCUGCUGUCCACCAACAGGUCGUCCGUCUUCAGUGGCCAUGAUGGCCAACUCUCUCUCAGUGCUGUCUUUCUUGAUGAGUAUCGUGAUCGGCUCUUCCUGGGAGGCAAAGACGUUCUAUACUCUCUCCUGCUGAGUCCCGUCAGCAGCGAAUCCAAAGAGAUCUACUGGCCUCCAUUACCAGGAAGCAGAGAAGAGUGCAUUCAGACAGGGAAGGAACAGACGGAGUGUGCCAACUUUGUUCGCCUUCUGCAACCAUACAAUCGCACCCAUCUACUGGCCUGUGGCACCGGUGCCUUCCAGCCCAUGUGUGCCUUUGUCUAUGUGGGCCACAGAGGAGAGCACGUGUUCACCAUGAACCCACUGAAUGUGGAGAGUGGACGAGGGAGGGUUCCACAUGACCCCAGCUUCCCGUUUGCGAGCACCUUUAGCGGUGGGGAGUUAUACACAGGACUGACGGCAGAUUUUCUGGGAAGAGACUCUGUGAUCUUCAGGAGCAUGGGAGGUCGCACCACCAUGAGAACAGAGACUGACCAGAAACUUCUUCAUGACCCUUGGUUCGUUGCUGCCCACCUCAUCCCAGAUAACGAUGACAGGGACGAUGACAAAGUGUAUUUUUUCUUCACUGAGAAGGCCUCAGAGGGAGGGGACAGGGAGGAGGCCAUCCAUGCAAGAGUUGGGCGAGUGUGUGUGAAUGAUGUUGGAGGGCAAAGAGUUCUAGUCAAUAAGUGGAGCACAUUCAUAAAAGCCAGGCUGGUCUGUUCUGUACCUGGACCUCAUGGCAUCGACACGCACUUCAACCAGCUUGAGGAUGUUUUCCUGCUGCGGACCAAGGAUGAAAGAAACCCGGAUAUCUAUGCAAUUUUCAGCACUAUCAGUAAUGUCUUCCAGGGUUUUGCAGUAUGUGUUUACCGUAUGGCUGACAUCAGAGAAGCUUUCAAUGGACCCUUUGCUCAUAAAGAGGGUCCUAACUACCAGUGGGGUGCUUACGAAGGCAGGAUGCCUUAUCCAAGACCAGGAGUUUGCCCAAGUAAAAUCACCAACCAGCCCGGCAGAGAGUUUGGCAGCACAAAGGACUUUCCAGACUCAGUGCUGCAGUUUGCCCGCAGCCACCCGCUGAUGUGGCGACCGGUGCUCCCAGCACUUCGCCAGCCUGUGCUCGUGAAGGCCAACAUUCCUUACAAGCUCAAACAAAUUGUGGUUGACAGAGUUGAAGCAGAGGAUGGGCAAUAUGAUGUCAUGUUCAUUGGCACAGAUGUUGGCACAGUUUUGAAAGUCCUUUCCCUGCAUAGUGGAAACAGUCUGGAGACAGAGGAGGUCACACUGGAAGAACUACAAGUCUUUAAAGUACCAACGCCAAUCACGUCAAUGGAAAUAUCUGUGAAAAGGCAAGCCUUGUAUGUAGGCUCUCCAAAAGGGAUGGUGCAGGUAAAGCUGCAUCGCUGUGAGACUUAUGGGAGAGCCUGCGCUGAGUGCUGCCUUGCCAGAGAUCCUUACUGUGCAUGGGAUGGAUCGUCCUGUGCACGAUUCGUUCCAAACAGCAAACGCCGCUUCCGCAGACAGGAUGUCAAACAUGGAAACGCUGUGCUACAGUGUGUGGAUCAGAAUGUUAGCGGUAAGGAAGACCUGGAUGUAACCGAGGACAAAAUCGUAUAUGGGACAGAGAAAAACAGCACCUUCCUUGAGUGUGUCCCUCGCUCACCGCAAGCUUCGAUCACCUGGCUUGUCCAACGCGACGACCGCAAGGAAGAGGUGAAGCUGGAUGAUCGCGUGAUGUCAACAGAUCAGGGUCUGCUGUUUCGUCAUCUCUUCCGUCAGGACGAAGGUGUGUACAUCUGUCGCUCUCGAGAGCACAGCUUCACACAAACCCUGGCCCGCAUCGCCCUUCAAGUCCUCCAGGGCGACACCGUUGAUGAGCUCAUAGCACGUGACAGCGCAGGAACGUCUGACACGUUCAAAGACCGCUCCCCAGGGAACCACAGGCCCUGGAUGCCUUGCAGCACAUACAGCAGGGGCCAAAUCGGGCAGUCGCGCACGUGGUUCAAGGACAUCAUGCAGCUCAUUGGGCCGUCCAAUCUGCCUCACGUUGAGGAGUACUGCGAGAGGAUGUGGUGCAACGACAAGCUCCGCAGGAAACACAAGAGCAUGCUGGAGAAAUACCGCCAAGCUCAGGAGAGUGCCAGGAAGGCACGUAGCAAAGGCUCUGGAGAACGCAACCGGACACCACGAGAUCUGAGAGGACAGGAGGAAUAACCAAGGAGAACCUGAAGGGAGUUAAAUAAGAGAAAAGAAAGAUCCUUCAUUUUAGGUUUGGGUUAGGAUGAAUUUGGGAGCCAAAUAAAAGACUGACUUAAUCAAUCAGUGUAUGAAAUUUUGGUGGAUUAGUUUGUUUUUUGCCAUAAAAUGAUGCAAAAAAUAUUAUUUGGCAGUGAGUCAUUUUAUUAAAGUUUGCUGGAGUACGUGAAGGACAUAGACUUGGCCGUCAAUAAAGACUUAGACAUUAACAGCACAAGGUAACAAGAGACUUGUAUGUUGAGCUGUUUAAAAAAAAAGACUGUAUGUUGAUUAUAUUUGUUGGAUGCUUUUUAAAGUGAGAUUAACCAAGAAUUUCUUUACUCACACCAUUCUGUUUUCAAUUUACUGUGAUAGAUUCUAUCGCAGUAUUCUUCACAGAAAAAAACCUCAGGCUUAUUAAACGUGCUCGUCUGUGGGAUUACUUUGCUCAGAGCACACCUUGUUUCAUGUUUGCUUUUUAUCCUUAGUGACUCUUAUGGAGUCUAAGAGUCACUAAGUCCCAGUCUUUAUAUGGAUGUUACUUGCUUAAAAGAACAAAAAGCUUCCCAGUGGAACACUGUGUUAUGUUGAUUUGUUUCAUUACUCAUUAGGGCCAGUCCUAUUUAUAUACCGUUAUGGUUUUUGGCCUAAGGAUCAUAGACCAUCUCACAUGAAAGCAUCUAUUUUCAUUAUUUUUGCAUGUUAACUAUUUUAGGCAAGAAAUGUUUAAUAUUGUAUUUCAUGAGACCUAUUUCUUUAAGGGCCUUUUCUUUAAAACGACUGGUUUCUUAAGUAGAAAACAAAUGACCCAACCUUUCUACCUUUCUGAUAAGCUCUUCAGAGAUAAUACAAGAAACAGCGACUGUCAUUAAAUGUAAUGGUCAGGUGUGUUUUGGUCCUUUCCAUUUUGUAAAUACUGUGUUCAUUUUUUUUAUCUAUUAACUAAUUUCUGUUGUGUAAAUCUAUUUUUAUAUGACUUUUGUGCUUGCCUUUACUGAAAUUACAUCAGAUCCACAAUGGUAAAAUAAACAGAUUUAACGUGGAAUAGCAGACACAGAAGAAAUACUAAAUUAAUAGAUGGAUUGAGAAUUAAAAUGAUUAGUAUUUAGUUUGAUAAAAUAAAAAAACAGAUUUAGAAAGGAAAUGUUACACACUUCUUCAAAUUCAGCAAUAAAACUCAUUUGGUGUCUGCCCUCUAGAAAAAUGUCCUUCAUUGUGGGACAUUGUUAAUUUUUUUAUUAUUACACACAAAUGAAGGCAACAAAAAUUAUAAGUAAACUUGUUUUUUUUUUUAAUAAAAUAAUGAUUCGGAAACUGUACUGAGAGCUCCAUGGUAUGAAAAUAACAAACUUCAUAUUUAUGUAAAUAUAAAGCGAACCCUGCACUACUUGCAUUCAUUUUAGGAGAUAAAAAAAAAUGCUAUUUUGAUUAACUGUGGGACUCUCUUGAGUUAACACAGAAAAGAGUUAAUGGAGAACAGAAGAAGGAGUUAAAAUGUUUUCUUUAAACAGGUACGAUAAGCAUUUAAUGCAACUGUAUUUAAAACGUUGACAAUUUUCAUAUUUUAAUGUCCUGGAUGUUCUAUAAAAUAUCCCCUUGAAUAUAUGAAUACUUUUUAUUCUGGUUGGUGGAGCACAAAAAAGUUUAUCCACUAGUUAUAAGACUAAAUAUCGAUCUAUAUGUGUUUCCAAACUAAACAGAUUUUCUUUUCUUUUUUUUUUUGUAAAUGUAUUGUAUUAGUUUGAGCUUAUGUUUUUCUGAAUUGUAAUUUACUGCCAUCAAAUAGACUAAUAUCUGCUCAGUUUGUUAAAGUAAUGAUUUUUUUUAAACAACAUUUCUAUUUCAAAACUGAACUUGAAUAACUCAGCACUCACCUGGCAGUGCGUUGACACAACUUUGUACAGUUAUUGACAAGAACAAACGUAGUUAUCUUCACAGAGCAUUUCAGUCCCUCAUUUGCAGUUUGUCUGUGGUGUGAAGUGUAUUUUUGUAUGCAACAUUUAUUUUAAUCUGUUUACCAUUAUACUGGAGUUUGCUGCAUUCAGUGCAAAAAUGUUCUAUUAUAAUUCUAAUUUGAAAACACUGUUUGAAACAAGUUGUCCUAAUCUUUCACUGUAUAUAUAUUUUAUACAUAGGUUUGAUUUGACUGUGAAUGAACUAUUAUUGACUGCCAAAGGUAAUUAUUACCAAAGUUAGUAUAUUUGAUCAAAAUUACUAUUUUGGAGCACAGCCUCAUUAUCAAGAAUUUAUAGCCAAACAGCUCCUAUUCAUAGAACAGCAGAUUAAUUGGGUAAUUAAUGCACCGGUGUUCUCAAACAUAAACCCCUACAUAAAUAUAUAGAAUAAACAAAACCUUCUCUCCAAAUACCUUAUAAACACAAUACUGCACCUUCUAGUUAAAAUGCUUCAGUCAACAAACUCUUUAACUAGACUAGUAACAUUCAACUAUACUACUAAGUAAAUUUAAAAAGAAUAUGGAAAACCAAUAAACUAUGGCAAAAAGGAAAGAAAAGAAUGAAAAUUAAACUUAUAGGACUGUGUUUCUUGCGACUCUCAGCCAUUUUCAAAGUAUACAGUGGUGCUACAUUUGCUAACACCGAAGCUAACUGGAUACAUAAACAGUAGAAGUGGGCAGGCUGAAACUAACAAGAAACAAGGACGCACAUUGGCCUUAUGUGAUCAGAUCACAAUGAUUGCCAUGUGGGAUAACCAAUAGAUAAAGUGAUCCCCCCGGAACUUGAAGCCAAGAAGAUUGUCCAAUGUAUAUUUAACAACAAACAACAAAAAGUAUGAACUGUGGCAUUACUUAGCAACCCCUUUAAGUCCCACAUGUCCCUCUAUGUACCAGUUAUAUUAAUGUGUGCAUGAGCGCUGCCUACAGCUGAUUGACUCACAAACAGAAUGAGCUGUUAGUAAACACAGCAGAACUAAUGGUGCCUACUGUGUUAGCCUUAGCAGAGAUUCCAGCUGUAGCCUUAGCUAGGGUAACAAAGUUAAAUAUGUUCAUAGGAACUAUGCUGACCUAUUUUAUGCAGGUUAGUGAGAAGAGCGUAAGGGAAAACACAGAUAAAACGGAACAAGCUGACAUAACCGGUAUAUCAGUGCUCAAACCACUCAUUAAAAUAAAGUUUGAACCACAAAUUGCUUUAGCUCCCACCUGCUCCAGCGCUACGCAAUUUAGGCAUCAAAACAGAGUAAAUCACAGUGAAAUAAACAAGAUUUGAGUUGUUGUACCCUGAGCAAAUCUUUUCUCCCCGGACAUAACCUAUCAUGUGAACUGUUCUGAUAAACGGUAGGACAUGCGAUUGCUAGUGGAUCUGAUGAACACAGAAGAAGUGGCGGCUGUUAUAGUUUUAGCAUCUGGGGUGAACGUCUGCUAAGACUGGGCGCACGCGGUCAGCAUGCGGGGUUGUGGUUUCAAUGUGUCUUCUUCAGGCAGUGGGGAAAACUGCUAUGUCCCUAUAAUUGGACAAUGUCUCUGCUUGAGAUUCUGACAUUUUUUCAGAAUGUUUCCUGCAGGAUGUCAGAAAUUAUGUUUUUUAGCUAUACCACACUUAUUUUGGUUUCCUUUGCAGUCUUUAAAAGCACAGUUUAAUUUUGAGUUUAAACGUUUAUGUUCUUUUCCAGAGACAAAAGCUCAUUAAAAAAAUACGUAUUUAGAAUUUGACAGUGUUAAUAAUAAAAAACACAUUAAAAUGAACUUUGCAAACUGUUUCAUCUUUGUGUAACAAGCUUGUGUGGUGGGUCUCAGAGGGAAAUCAAAUGUGUAUUUAUGUCUAUUUAAGUGCAUAUAUAACAUGCAUGCUACAAACCUGUAUACUGUUUAACUCGAUUAAAAGUUUCUAAAUCAAAAA